AUGGACAUGGCCAAACUUUUUGCAGCACAAGGAAUGCGUUCCACAGUAUUCACCACUCCUCUCAACGCAGCCUACUUUCCUAGGACAGUAGAACGUUCCAGGUUCUGGGGUAUUGAGAUUGAGAUCCAAACUGUGAAGUUCCCAUCCCUAGAAUUGGGAUUGCCAGAAGGGUGCGAGAACUUCGAUUUUCUGACUUCCAGGAAGACCGCACCAGAAGAAGUUGUGAGCAACUUCUUCGAUGCCCUUGGAAUGCUUCGAGACCCCAUGAGCAAACUCCUUGAAGAGUUCCAACCCAAUUGCCUUGUGGCGGAUAUUUUCUUCCCCUGGACUGUUGAUAUCGCCCCGAGCUCGGAAUUCCUAGGAUUUUAUUUUACGGCACCAGCUGCUUCUCCAUGUGUGCUACUGAACUCCUCAGACUUGAUAAUCCACACAAGAAGGUUUCUUCCAAUUCCGAGGCCUUCACCAUUCCUGAACUUCCUGGCACAUCCAGCUAACAAGGCUACAACUGCAAAUACGAAAGAAAAAGGGGAAAGGGGCAAAGAAGCUUCUGUUACCGUGGACCAGUGGCUCGAUGCGAGGAGACCCAAUUCUAUUGUUUAUGUUUGUUUCGGCAGCGUAUCAAAAUUCAGUCCUUCACGACACUUGGAGAUUGCAGAGGGCCUUGAAGCUUCAGAGCAGCAGUUCAUUUGGGUUGUUAGGAAAGCUGAUGAUGAAGGAGUAACUGCUGGCGUGCCACUGGUGACAUGGCCAGUCUCAGCUGAGCAGUUCUACAACGAAAAGUUGGUUACCCAGGAUGAUGUGGAGAAGGCAGUGAGGAGGGCCAUGGUGGGUGGGGAGGCAGAGGAAAUGAGAAGCAGGGCAAGAGAGCUUUCAAACAUGGCCAGGCCGUCGAAGAAGGCUGCUCGUCAUCUUCGGAUUUGGAUGUCUUAA